AUGGUCCUAGAGACACCACUCCUCCGAGUGAGCCGGCCUGUCGCCGCUUGCUCGCGGUGUCGAGCAGCCAAAGUCAAAUGCGAUGGCAAGCUGCCAGCCUGCACAGCAUGUGAAAAGUCGAAUCGUGCUUCAGAAUGCUCAAGCACAAACGACCAGUUUGCAAGAGGCAAGGAAAGGAGCUAUGUUGCCACACUCGAAGCACGAGUCGAGCGGUUGGAGAAGAAGAUCCUGGAGUCGAGAAAUAGGAGGAAGUCAUCGACCGUCUUGAUGUUGGAUUCGUCUGAAAUUUCCACCCCUCGGAGGACUUCAGUCGACACCCUGAAAGCACCAAAACCCAUCAGCAAGCGUGCAGCACGGCGGAAGGAGGCAUCACAGAUCGAUGAGCUGGUCUCCGAUUUUGGUCUUCUCGCGGUCAAUGCUACCGCAAGAGACUUUUAUGGCUUCACAACCGAGAUGUCGUAUGCUAGACUGAUCUUGUCAGCUGCUGUAAAAGAGGCUCUGCCGACUGGGCUACACAAAGCUCUGCCCGCAAAGUAUGCUGCCAUACCACUGAUCCAGCACUUCCUGAACAAUAUCUUCACUCUGGUGCCAGUCUUCGAAGAAGCUGCCCUGUAUGCUUCGGUAGAUGCCAUCUACCAACAGGGUGAUGUCGCAACUCCUUGGGACAGAUGGAUUGUACGCAUGGUCUUGGCCAUCGCCUGUUUGUCGCAAUCUGAGCAGCGAGGUGACACUCAUUACUCGGAUGCCGUCGGCCAUGUCAAUGCUGCCCUCGAGAAUGUCGAAGACGUGCUGCAUCCUGGCUACGUGACAAGCAUUCAAGCCCUGGUCUUGUUCACCAUCUAUGCUGCCAUGGACCCGCACCACUUUGACAGCUGGACUCUCAUUGGUGCGGCCUCGAGAGCAAUGAUAGAUCUUGGGAUCCAUCAAGAUCCCUCGAGGAACGUUGCGGUGUCAAAAAGCAAGCUCGAGGUACGAAGGCGAGUAUAUUGGUGUGUCUACGCAAUCGACCGAUCCACAUCCCUUGUGCAGACCAGGUCUUUCUCGUUUUCGGACGAAGCAACCCACGUGGUUUUCCCUUUCCACAACGCUGCUACAUCACCAAGAUACUCCUCACCGCAGGCUGUGGUCUUCUUGCAGAACUUUGAUUCCGCGCUCGAUCUGUUCAGGAUUCGUGAGAUCCAGUCCGAGUGGUACAUGGACCUGUUCCAAUCUGGACGUGAACCCUGGCCGGAAGCAUAUCAGUACAUCUGGAAGCAGUACGCGAGAAUGACGCAGUGGUUUGACGACAUACCGCAAAGCACUCUGCCAGCGUUCAAAGCCGGAUUUGAGCUGGAGCUACUCUACAGCUACGUCUACAUCUUGUCGCCGAGUCCACGCGUACCUCACAUUGACGAGUAUGCCCAGCGGCUGAUUUUCGAACAUUGCAUCUCGUAUUCAAUCAACUUGCUCGCCACACUUACCAAGCCUUCGACGACCACCAAGCCGCCUGUCACCUUCUACGACGCCAUGCGGGCGUACAUGACUGGUAGGCAGUUCGUCGAUGUGCUCUCGCGCAAUCUAGACGUCCUUCUCAACCCGGUACCACCCUCGCCUCCAGCAACGUCAACU